AUGGACGCUACAUGCAAUACUGAGACUGCCGCCUCUGCUGCCCUGCUACGACCAUCAAGAUGGUUGCUGUUGUACGAAGAAUUUGUAACCAAGAACGCUAGCUCUGUAAGCCAGGUAGAGUCGGCGCUGAGAUCCCUAACAUAUAUCAUUCCAGGGCGAUACCGAGACUCGGAAAUAAGUUCGGAGUGUGUACAUUCGGGAGUCCAGCUACUGUCCCUUUAUCACAAUGCUCUUGUUUCUCGAGUUGUUUCCAGAUUACCGCCGACUAUCCCGCGGCCGAUACCGACUCCUCACACGCGAUAUACUAAAUAUUGGACGUCUCGCUCUUCGAUCUAUCAUAAAGUUGCACUUGCAUUACAGAUGGUCCAGUACACAGAACUGCUCUGGGAGAUGAUUGCCCGUCGACGUGGGGAGAAGAUCCGUUGGCGCGUCGUCAUCUUCAUUGAAGCCAUAAAGGCGGUCUGUCGUCUAUUACUUCUUCGUCUUACAAAGUCCAGGCCAUUGGUAACCCCUCCGCUGCCUGAGAGAGACAUUGAUCCCAGAUCGCUAGACAAAGUGGACAGCGAUUGGAAUGGGAUGCAAACGCCCGUUAGCGAACGAUCAUCAGAUUUGAGCUGGACAAUGCCUAGGACGGGCUUAUCUCUCCCGUCGCUGCCAGAAGUAAAUGAUGUCUCCCAUUUCCUGAUAUCCAAGGUCCUCACCGCCGACGACAUCAAAGCCCCCAAGGCUCUAUUGCAUCGCGUUACUGGCCACGGACAACUAGCUGAAGUACUAUAUAUCCUCCGGCCAGUGGUCUACGCGAUAGCGUUGCAAAAAUACAGCGAAGACAGGCAUAGCUGGAGACCUUGGUUGGUUGGAUUUGGCUUAGAAUAUGUGUGCCGACAGCUUGCUAAGUCUGACUUUCGAGAGAGAGUUGCCGGCGGCCUUCGAGGAUUGACUGGGCUUGAACGUGAGGAACUCAGAAAAAGAGGCUGGGCGAUGGGUUGGUGGGCCAUGCGGGGGGCUUUCUAUACGAACUUGACCAGACCUUGGCUACGCAAUUUAACUGGGAAGAUGAAGGGCAAGCUCCUGCUUGACUUGGUAGGCAGCGUCAUUGACGACUACGAAUACCUAUGGGAUAAUUACUAUUUUUCAAGUGCGACGUUGUGA